AUGCAAGACGAAAAAAUAUUCAAAUUUAUCUGUUAUAAUUUGCAGCCGUCAGAUCUUCUCGCGAUGGUAUGCGUGUGCAAAUAUUUUAAAAAUAUUUUGGACGAAAGUAUCAACCCGUUAGCAGAAGAAAUUUGGAGAAAUUCUAGAAUCAGGUUUACGGUUUUUCAAGAUAAGGAACCACCGUCAGAAAUGAAUCAACAAACUUUCGCGAGGCUAUUAACCUUUGAGAAGGGUUGUCAAUUUUGUAAAACUAAAGAGAAACCGUUGACAAUAUAUUGGAUUCCUGGUGUUCGCUCUUGUCAAAAUUGUAUGCUCUCAAGAGCUUCUGAGAUACUUAAAUUAAAAUUUAAGAUCGAUAAUGAAAUUCUUGGACUUAUUGUACCCGUAACACCAAGCGUAGAUUUACCAGAAUCUCGACAUAAACUUACAUAUUAUUGGAUCGAUUAUGUUAAGAAUGUUGACGCGUUUUAUAAAAGUGCUAAUGAUAAUAUGCGACGCGCGUUACGAGAAGAUGUCGAAAAGAAAUAUAAAGAAGCCCAACAUUAUGAAAAAUGGAUGCUUAAUUUACGUCAAUCCUACCUUAUAAAACGAUAUAAUAGUUUUUUAAAAUUGCAUGCUAAAAUUAAUAAAGAAACUUUAUCCAUGAUGCAAAAAGAUCACGAAUACAAAAGAUUGAAGACUGAAGUCCAAAGUAAUCCUUUUUUAGCACUGGAUUUGCAGCAAUAUAAAUCAAGAAUUUUGCAAAUCGCGCAAAAAAUUGGAAUAAUUCAAAAACAAACCAUAAUUGUUAAAUUUCUAAAGAAAUUGACAUAUGGUUCAGAGAGAAAAUCACAGCGUCAAGUUUUAAACAUUCGGGACACACUAUAUGUAUAUUUGCCUAUAUGUCCAAGUUUCUUAAACCCACCGGACCUCAAAGAAUAUUCUCAAGAAUUUUUCGAAAAAAAUUUUCUACCAACUCUCAUUAACGAAGCUGGGCAACUUGACGCAGCUGGGACAGCCCCUCCACCAUCAUUUCUUGAUAUAGAUGGAGCGUUACACGUUGGUAGCCUUCGAAACCAACCAAUCUUUGAAUGUCGUCUUUGCAACGCAAUUAAACCGAGUAGUAUCAAAAUAGUUAAACAGCAUAUUAAAGAUAUUCAUGAACUUGAUGAUAGUAUAAAUAGCAUACGUUUUGCAGCGAAAGUGAACUGUGAUGCG